AUGAAUGAGACUAAUACCAUGAUAAUGAAUAAUAAGAAUAAUUUUAAAAAAUUCUCGUUUUCAAAUAUUUAUAUGAAUAGGACUACUAGUGAUAAUAAUGAUAAGAACAAUCGGAUGCCUACAACAUCGACUAGGUCUUCGAGAAAUAAUAAUACUAAUAACAAUAAUCCAAUGACCCCAACAAAAGCACAAAGAGGAUACGUUACACCUCCAGCUACAUCGCCUUCUCAAAGACAUGGAGCUCAUUCUCACAAGAGGACAGGAAGCGUCAGUGGAAAUAUAUUAUUACUAACACCUCCGGAUGAGAGUAUAGAUCCUCAUCAUCAUCAAUCAUAUCCUCAAAAUUAUACAUCAUCGUCAUCGUCAUCUUCUGUGUCGAAUACUCCAACGAAAAAAACGUUUAGUAAUCAUAGUAAUAAUACUAUGAAGAAAAAAUCAUUAUCUGUGGUGGUGCCUAAUGAUAUUGAUGAUCUGAAUACAAUGUUAUCUCCAGGGUUUCAUCCAAUGAGUAAUUUCUUACAUAAAGCAAAGAGUAAUGAAGAAGAUGGUGAGGAAGACAUUUCUUCACAUAGUUAUACACAUGAAUUAUCGCCAAAAUUGACUAUACAAAAUACAAAUGAACAAAUAAGAAGAAAUUCUGUUGGUACUUAUAGUAGUCUAACAGAUUUUGUUAAACAAAAUCAUAUUAAUGUUGAUGGUAGGAUAUUUGUCGAUAGCCCACAAGCACCAAAGAUAAAUUUGGAUAUUUAG